AGCUCCGUCAUUGGCUGUGUCUUUACAUAUUCUGCAAGCUCUCAGGCUAUUGGCCAAACUCUCACACCAACGAUUUCAUAAAGCAAUUUUUCGUGGGAAGUUGUGUGAAAGUGUGUGUGUAUGGGUGUGUAUGUGUAGGAAAAAAACCUUUUCUGAUGUCCGCGGUAUCAACAGCUCCAAUUAGCCAACCUUUAUACGCCGGGUUUGCGUUUCUCCCCGUUGUCCUCUGGCUGUCAAUCGCUGCAGGAUUUGUUGGGAGUUUUCGGAGCGCCUCUCUGCAUCUGCGAGGAUGCUGGUGUGCCUGCUGUUCUUCCUGCUUGCCCACUCCUCGGCUCAGCGGUCGGAGCCCAUGUUCUCUGCUGUAACCAAGACCGCUCUCCGUCCGGACUACGAAAACAACCCCAGUCAGCUUAACUACGGCAUGGCUGUCACUGACGUGGAUGGUGACGGAGACCUGGAGAUAUUUGUAGCUGGAUACAAUGGUCCAAACCUGGUGCUGAAGUACGAUAAACAGAGAAAAGGGCUUGUCAACAUCGCCGUAGACGACCCGAGCUCCCCGUUCUAUGCGCUGAGGGACCGUCAAGGCAAUGCCAUAGGAGUGACAGCAUGCGACAUAGAUGGAGAUGGACGGGAGGAGAUUUAUGUCCUCAACACCAACAAUGCCUUCUCUGGUCGGGCGACCUACUCAGACAAACUGUUCAAGUUUCGCAACGGUCGCUUCGAGGACCUGCUGAACGACGAUAUAAACGAGCACCGGGACGUGGCCAACCCCAUGGCCGGGCGCUCUGUGGCCUGCAUAGACAGAAAGGGUACCGGCCGCUAUGCUAUCUAUAUCGCCAACUAUGCCAGCGGAAGCGUGGGACCUCACGCUCUUAUAGAGAUGGACGAGGCAGCCAGUGACCUCUCUGAGGGAGUCGUUGCCCUUUCCAAUGUUGCAGAGCAAGCUGGAGUUAACAAACUAAUUGGGGGAAGAGGUGUGGUGGUGGGGCCAAUUGUUAGUCAAACUCUAUCUGAUAUCUUCUGUGACAAUGAGUACGGGUCCAACUUCCUGUUCAGAAACAACGGCGAUGGAACUUUUACUGAUGUUGCGCAGCAGGCUGGAGUGGAGGACCCCAUGCAGCAUGGCAGAGGGGUGGCACUGGCAGAUUUUAACCGUGACGGCAGGACUGACAUUGUGUACGGGAACUGGAAUGGACCUCACCGCCUAUACAUACAGCUAAACAACCGCAAGCAGAAAUUUAAGGACAUAGCUUCCCAGAAGUUUUCCAUGCCAUCUCCAGUGCGGACAGUUAUUGCUGCUGACUUUGAUAAUGACAAUGAGUUGGAGGUGUUCUUCAAUAACAUCGCCUAUAGGGGACCCUCAGCCAACAGACUCUUUAGGGUGAGCAGGAGAGAACAUGCGGACCCCCAGAUAGAAGAGUUGAAUAUUGGGGAGGCCGCAGAGCCUGAUGGACGAGGAACUGGAGCCAUAGCCACAGAUAUUGAUGGUGACGGCCGUCUGGAACUGUUGGUGUCUCAUGGCGAAAGCGCAGCACAGCCGCUCUCUGUCUACAGAGUCAAUCAGGGCCUCACUAACUCAUGGCUCCGAGUGAUUCCCCGAACCAAGUUUGGAGCUUUUGCCCGAGGAGCUAAAGUGGUUGUCUACACAAAGAAAAGUGGCCCACACACACGGAUUAUUGAUGGGGGCUCGGGGUAUCUGUGUGAGAUGGAACCUGUCGCUCACUUUGGCCUUGGCAGGGAUGUGGCCACAAAUGUUGAAGUGUACUGGCCAGAUGGACGCUCAAUAGCCCGUCCUCUGGAGCCUUCAGAGAUCAACUCAGUGCUGGAGAUCCCCUACCCAAAAGAUGAGGAGGAAGUGACUCCUACUGUGGAAAUCGAGUGCGGUCAUGGAUUUGCUCUAAAUGAGUUUGGCCGUUGCACAGAUAAAGAUGAAUGCACCCAGCUCCCCUCUAUGUGCCCCUCUGACCGUCCCAUCUGCACUAAUACCUACGGCAGCUAUAAAUGCCGUGCCAAGAAGAGAUGCAACCAGGGCUUUGAGCCCAAUGACGAUGGGUCUGCCUGUGUGGCCCAGGUGGCUUACUUUGGAAGGACGCACUCUUCAGGGGAAUGCAAUGCUUUCCAUAUGCUUACUCUCACUCUGCUACCCGUCAUCUCUACUCAUCUGCAGAUAGGACUGCUGUAGCUUUACUCUUUUCUCCUCCGCUUUACCGCUGAGCGGAGAUGUACAGAAACUGUGUGCAAACUUUUCUCUGAGAAAUAUCCUCCUACUUCUUCACUAUGAAGCUCUGGUGUCUUUUCUUCAUCGGUUACUGUAUAUACCUGGUUGUCACCGCUGCUGUAUUUUGCCCUGUGGCUCCUGGCCUCCUCUGGGAGCUUUGCCGUGAGCUACAGAGAUCAGAACUGUCACCUGUGGACCCCUUAUUUUAUUGCCUGGCAUUCAAAGUGUGACCUGAACUGAAGCCAAGUCAAUAAGGGAAGCUUUAGUAUACUCCCCGCACAUUCAGAGAUGAAUCCACCGAGCAUGUUUAUUGGAGACAUCCCACCUGUAUCUCUGCCAUACCACAAUGUGUAUUAAUCAUUACAGAUCUUUCUCACCUUGAUUAUAUGUUUACUGAAAAGCGUGUGAAUACAAAGCUUUAGGUUGCGUGUAUGUUUUCGUCUGUGUGGGCGACGUGUGUGUGCCUGAUUGUGCGUGGUCCAAUGAAGUGUUCAGGUACAGAAACAUAUGCUGGACCAUCUGUCGCAAAUGGCAGGACACAUUUCUUUUUAUUUAUUUAUAUUUUUUAGGAAUAAAUUAUGAAAUAAAAUGGAGCAGAAAAUGGAUGCAAGGCUGUGUGUGUGUGGAGAAACGCAUACAGAGUGUGAGACUACAUCUGAUGAUUUGAAUGAAACAAACACUGAAAUGAAAUCAUGGGAAGGUGUCAGGAAGACUUACAACACUUUACAAUGUUGGGUUGUUUUUCACACUAGCAUCAAAAUGUUGAUCAAUUCACAGUAAGAUCUGCCUUUGCAAUUUCAAGUGUACAAAUCUAAAUUUGUGUAUACACUUUGUGUACUACCAUUUAUCUUUGCACAUUCCAAAUGUAUAUAGUUUAAUAUUGCAUUGUUCAUCUUUGCUUUUGUGACCCUGAGCCAUAUGCCUGAGGAAAACCGUCUAGAUUUGCCCCUGAGGUUUUGUGGCAGUGUAGGUAAUUUUUCAACAAUCAAACCUUUAAAGUUGAGAGCAAGUCAUAAAACAAGUAGAACUCUUUAUUGUUCUGGUAAUAUGUAUGCUUCAAUAUGUUUUUACAUUGCUAUGUCCUGAGAAGUUAAAAAAAAUACUGUACUGUGGCCAAAAAUAGAAAUAAUGAAGAUACUAACAAGAUCUUGAUGGACAGCUUGACUGUUUCUUGCUUUUCUGCAGGGAAGUGUCAACUCAUGAGUGCACUUUAGGUUCAAAAAGUAUUUCUAACAGAAAUGUGAACCCUCUGUCAUUUUGAAGAUACUUUUUAGAAUAUUUCUUUAUGCUGUUGGACUUACCAAAGUUCUUCUCUGUCAAGAUGAUUUCAGAUGUACUGAGUAAUCCGGAAGUUAAUUUUUACGGAGCUCUGUACAUGAAUAAAAAUGGAUUUAUUGUGUGUUUCUGUCAGGAGACUAUGAAUUGCUCACAGGUGGUGUUUUAUUCCACCAGCUUUUUAUCAUCUAUAGAGAGAGAUGCACCAAAAUAUUUAGCAGCACCCACUGUAAUGUAAGUCCUGAAUGUUUCAUAGUAUCAGUUUAUCAGCAACAUUUUUUUUUUCCUGAAAAAUAAAAUGGCAGCAGUCCAUGAAAAAGACAAACUAAAAGUCACUUA